CGGACGGCGCUGCGCUCUGGCUCAUGCCGGCCCUGGGCAGACCCGAGCCGGGCACCGGACGGCGCUGCGCUGCCGCGGGCGCUGCGCGGGGAGCCGCGGUGGCCGCGGAACGGGCGGAGCAGCAGCGCCCUGCGGCCGGCCCCGUCUGCUGCCCGGGUCGCUUCUCCGGGAGCGGCUCCGAUGUGCGACCUCGCCCCCCCGAGGGUCCUGGGGGACGCUGCCAUUGCUCCGAGACCCAUCCUUCCUCUGCAGCCACCGUCCUCUGCGUAAAGCCCUGUAAACCUGGCUGGUUUCUUUAUUACAGUGAAAAGAUGUAAGGCCAGGAAGGACCGUUAGGAGAUAACACGGUCUGUAACCGGCUUUCCUUUGAGACCAGUUGAUCCCUGCUACAAGGCUCUACGGAAGGAACUUCUGGCCCCUAAGAAAAGUCCAGCCACCGACCUACAUGUUUCUCAUGAGCAGUUUCUUCCACUCUUUCCUACGAAGACAAGCUUCUACUGAAAUGCAUACGCUUCUCAAAUUUAUGGUCAGUGGAAGCAGUUACUGGUGACAGGCUAACAGUGUAAAACUAAGGGAAAAACCCCUGUAUCCUACUUUAUUCCUGUAAAUUAAGUCCUCUUAAAUUUUCGCUUCACAGCAAGGUGGAGCUCAGACGUGCGUAGCUCAGGACAACCCGCAAUCGCUGGCUGCUACGUGCAUGCUUAGAAAAGUGCUCCCAAAUAAAUCUACAGAUGAGCUUUGAUUCCCAGCCAGUCUGAAACCUACAGAUCUGGCCUCUCCCCAGUGGUGGAAGUAACUGUAGGUAAAUGUAGAGAAAAAAAAGCAGAAAAAUAAACUGUUCAAGGAUCACUUCAGCAACACUGCUAUUUUUUUUUUCUUUUGUGGUAAUGCAGCCACCUAAUUCAAUUAAAAUCUGUGGUGAAUCUAGUAACAGAAAAAAACCCCAACACUGGCCAGAGAUGAUGUUCAUAACGACUCCAGCGGGCAGAUUUCCACGUUUCUAUACCAAACCAUGGCACGUGAAACAGAGCAAGUGCUCUUAGGUAUUUUUGCCUCAGCGUCCCGUGCAGCUCACCGCCACUGGCAGCAGGCUUGCCUGCUUGAAAUGACCCUGCAGUGGUUGCCCUUAGUGCCCGUGUUCUCCAGCACAGUACCCCCAGCCCAGCUGGCCAGAGGCACGAGGGAAGGCAGCAGAGAAACUGAUGGGCCCGUGUAACAGCACAUGUGCAGGCAUGGUGAUGUGAGCAGCGCUCAGUUCACAGUGCCCUAGCCACUAAUUAAGUCUCCCUUUUUAAUGUGACAGUACCUACAUAGGCGACGGGAACAGAUUAAAAUGGCAUAGAACUUUCUGAAUGUAUCUAAUUUUAGCAAAAGGCUGGAUAAAUAAGAGCAUCCAGUAGACCCACAUCUCAAACCUGAAGAUCAGAACAGUGCAUUUCAACAGAGGGUGGUGGUUUUUUUUUUUCCUGGACCAAACUGCAGUGUAGGUUCUCUGGAAGCAGAUGGUAUGGAGACUGGAAAUGGCAGGUUACUGUGGACAGAACUGGUAAAACAUCAUUGAAGCCUACUUCAUAUCUCCCAUGAAAGACUAGUUUCUAUUCUGUGUAUUAUUGCCAAAAAUUAGGCAUUCAGACUAAAAUUGCCUAUGGCUCAUGUCUGUGGCAGCAGAUGUCUCUUUUCAGUUGUGGGUUAUGUAGUUCAGAUGUUAGGGAAUGACUACAAAAAUAAUUCAGUCCACAUGAAAAACUCUAGCAGUCAUUCCUCUGGAGUAUGAAAGAGGGAUCUAUAACCAUUGACACCGACCUUAAAUCCCAAAGAACUGGUCAAAAUAAUCCCAAAGAAAUGGUCUGAAGCAUGAAGCUGGAAGGAAAUAGAAACAUCGGUUGUCUGUUGUGAUCUGAUCUUGGCUAUCCCAGCAUCGUGUGACAGGUCAAACUGCCAUUCACCUCAGAUGCCUCUUGGAGAAGCAGAGCUGUGAGACCAGCUGGAGAUGGAGUUCUGGGAGAGCAUGGGGGCUCCUUGUGCGUUUGGGGCAGUCAGCUCGAGUAUUGUGAGCCAAAGGCAACCGGGCUUUUGAGCACCUUUUCCAAGAAGAGGAACAGAGACCAAAUACUGUCACCAGGACGCAUACCAGAAAGGACAUGCAGGAACCUUUCUGCUUUUCUGUGACAUUAAGAACACUACUAACUGUGUCCAAAUCUGUGCUUUCCCCUAAAAUACAGCCUAUGUAUUCCAACUGGAAUUCCACUUCCACUUGGAAGGUGGUUUAGCAAUUAAAGUUACUAGGAUAGACAGUUUUAAAGGAUAAAUUACUUGUAUAAAAUACUAAACAGCUCUGCAUUUUCUCUAGGCAAAUUAUUUUAAGGGCGAGGGGUGGGGGGGUGAGUGUCUCUCUUUCCUCAAGAAGGAAUUCAAAACCAGAAACCUCUCAAGGACUGGAUAUUUUGAGACAGAAAAAAAAUUAUAAAGUAAAAAUAAAAUUCAAGUACUCAGUGGGAAAGUUUUUAAAAAAUUCUCAAGGAAAGUAAUGGAAGAGAGAGGCAUUAUUGUUCGUGCAGCAGCCAACACUGCUAGUCCUAGCUGAAAUGUAGUUACCACUGGCUUGACAGAACUGAAAUUUUCUUUAUGAUAUUCAUCUAAAUUCAGCUAAUCUCUUCCAUUUGUACCUGGUCUGACCCCUGCUGCAGCAUUUGUUUUUGCACUUUGGCCUUUGAGGAGAGACAAAGAGCAGAAGACAGAACUGCUCCAUCCAUUUGCUCAGUUAGCCGUGGUCACUAGCACAGUGAUACACAAGAGGAGGAAAUUCUGCAUCUUAAGGCCACUAAAUCCAUUAGAAACCCCAUGAGUUUGGGCUGAAAAAAUCGAAGGGCCAAUAACAUGGACUGGUGAGGACAUUGAAAAGGGAGAACCUCCCAUGACUGGUGCAGGUGGGAUGGAGAAUCGUAUAACCAUUACAUCAAGAAAUGAUUUGGGGAAAAAAUUUCGUUUCCUUAAUGCCGGUUUCUAUGGCUGUGACCAGGACCAUGGUAGCAGCAGGUAAUUCUCAAAAUAAAGGAAUUGGUAAAGAAAGAAGACAGUGACAUGUGUUUCCUCCCCAUACUUGCUGUAACUCAUAUCAUACAGUGAUUUUAUUGCAGAGACAUUCAGACUAUCAGACAAAGCUAUGUGAGGACACUUCUGUACUCCACAUCUUUAACCAGGUUUAUCAGCAGAGCUCCUGCCUUCAUAUGAUCCGUAUCCGUGCUAAAACAGUGCAGUGGCACGGGGAAAAAAGGGUUCAAACAAUAGAAUUCCUACUACAAAUUUCCAAGCAAAGUACCAGCUUAUGCAAGAACCUAGUGUUGCAUGGCUGAGAUCCCACAACCUACCGCUGGUUUGUUUAUGAUAAUCAUCUAGAAAUGUAAUCUUACUGCCUCAUUAGCUUGAGAUUGCCCUUUUUAGCAUACUGAAAUUGUUGUGGACGUAGCAUCCACAGGCUGCCAUGUGAUGCAAUUCAGGGUUACUGAUGGCUCACAUAGCCCCACCGUUCUGAGUUUUAUGUUGUAAGAGCUGGUGGGGAUGGUCUUGUUCUGUCCUUUGCAGAUCUAUGGCGUGUUUGCUCAGAUUACAACAUUCUCUAAUGAUCUGGCCCAAAAACAUUUCUGAUGCAAGCAAAGUGUUUAUUUGAUAAUUUAUAAAUCCAGUAAUAGCUUCAGCAAAUGCCUGCCUUUUCAUUCCCAAAAGGAAAUGUCCUACUUCAGGAAUUACAAAUGCUCCAUUAGAAGUUAACCCAAACUUACCACAUCAAUACUAGAAAGCAACAAUGAAGAUCCUGGAAAGUGAACUGUUCUGGGGUUUUUGUUCAUAAAAAAAAAAACAACACCAAAAACAACUUUUCAAGGUGAGCGCUGUUGCUUGCUUUGGCCAGGAGAUGAGAGGAAAGCGCAGCUAGAGCCUGUGCUCCCACAAAAGCCCUCACAGAUGGACUGCACAGCAGCAGCAGCAUGAAGCCAGCGUUUGCAAAACUGUGCUCUCUCCAGGGGAUGAGCCGCUAAUAACCAUGGAGCAACCACAUAGCAGCAUGUUCUGAAAGACCCAGGAGGGUGGUUGGAUGUGGUACAUCAGCAACUGGGGGAGAGGCGGGGGAGGCUGAGUCCUUCUCCUAAGGGGAUGAUGUACGGGUAGAGCCCUUUGCCAGGCCUUUGCUCUUGCAGAAUGGCUCAAAAAACCCGAGGUAGCAAGUGAGAAACGACAAAAAGGAAACAGGUUAUCAGGCCAGUCAUUCAUGGUACUCUAUGACCUCAACUAAAACAGGCUCUCAAACACAGAAGUCUUCUGAGCUGAGGAGGAAACUAUCUAACACUGAACGACACUUACAACCAGCUCCAGGGCUGUGCUGGAGGUGGAUGGAGAACACCCAGGUCCAGCAGAUCAGUUCCCUGGAUCUGCUGCCUGGGGCACAACAGCGGUGCUCUUGCCACAAUACUGCCAUGCUGUCUGGCUCCAGCCUGAGUGUCAGACCAAGGGUUUGGGCUUCCAAAAAUCAAACCAACCCCAUCAAUCCUCCCUCUGCCAAUUUGCCCAUAUAAAACCUUUCCACUCUUCAUAGUCAUGCAGUAAGUUGCUGUGCUGUGGCCAGACUGUAAUCUGAAGACUCAAAACCCAAAAGGCUAAUUAAAAAAAUACAAACAUGAUUUUUUCAGCCAUCAGCUUUGUUAUCAGAGAGCAAGCAGAAUCUUUAGCAAAAAAACCAAACCCCAAACCCCAAAGUAUUAGACCUUACCCCAAAGAUAAUUGGGCUAGGCUGCACCAUGUACUGUAGGGAAUUCUCCCUUUCAUUUCAUCAGUUUUCCUGUCUUCGUUUCUAAAAUGACCCUAGAUUCUUCCAGGUGCCUGGGUGCAUUGCUCCCAAUUAAAUCCCAAGUGAUUAGGACCCUGAAAGCUUCUGAUUUUCAUGACUUGGACCAUUAUUUCUUGCUACCUCCGCCAAUUAGUGCUGAGCUACACCACCCACAUCUGUGGCUGAAACUAUGGUAUGUCUUGCACUGCAGGGAUCUAAAUGUGAUCUUUGCAUCUACCUCUAAACAUGAGAAAUGGUUUCUGCACUUAACCACCAGUCCGCACAGCACUGGAGCAGAACCUGCAUUGACCAAGAUGCUGAUAGCUGCCUAAAAUUGUCUGACAAAGUGACUUUCGGAAAGUGUAACUGCAGCAACCACAGCCAGCAGAGAUGAAGAUUUCAUUGUAUUGCUGUUGUUGGCUUUUCUGAAUAUAAGAACUGUAAACACAGGUUACCUAACUUUCUCUUUGACCUUACCUAGAUUUUCUUUUGAGUCAUUAAUGGGUGCUGUGCCUCUUCUCAGGUAAAUGGCACCCGCUGUUCGGCUGGGGGAAGAGACGCGGUUGCCUGCUGGCCAGUGAUCCCCUCCAUUCUUGGAUGUCUUGCAUCUCUCUGACCACAGAACUGAAGCCCUUCCAGGCACAUUUCAGCACAGCAAUGGAAAUGCAUAAAUCUGCUCUAACUUACGGAGGCAGAGUUCUCUUCUUGGAACAAGCAGAUAGUCACCAACUCAUUUCAGCUUGGUGGCUUCAAACUUUGGGGAAGCUAACAUUUUUCUGAUAAAAUUAAGUUCAGUGCAUUCAUUUCCAGGGAGGUUCAUCUUAUAUCUAGGGAAGCUGCCUCUGCUGGUAUAAGACAACAGUCUUAAUCACACGGGAAGGUCGACAGUAGUAGCUUGGGGAAAGCUCAAGGACCUUGUAAAAACUAAGGGACUUUUUUGGCUCUAAACAAAAUCCUGCAGCUGACCACUGGAAUGACCUUCAGUGUUCACAUGUGUAUGUAUGGGGGCAAUAUAAUACCAAACAGUUUGAAAACCAAACAAAACAGUGGUGCAAAAAAAGUAACUUCAGUCUAUCUGUAGAUUUACUAUCACCAGAGAAACAGAGCUCUUAUAUAAAUUUACCAUGCACCUAUCUGCCCUCCCUCCCUGCAGGGGAGAAGCAAUCACCAGUGACUUUUAGAGAAAAGGUCAUAGCCUGUUAGGUAUGUGGGCAAGAAUAAACUGGGGAGGAAGAGGGAUUUGUUUUAAGAGAUUUCUUGGAGUAUGUUGAGCAUCCUUUGAGUGGUAGGCUAAGAAUAUCCUUCCCCCAAUUCCCAGUGAUCAAAUUCUCGCUGUGAAAUCAGAGCCAGGCAUGAAAAAUCACACUGCUUAGACUUUGUGCAAGUUCUGCAAUAGAGUUUGUCUUCUCACGGUAACACAAGACAGAAGGCCAGUGGUCAGAAAGCAAAUACCAAACCAUUUCCUCUCUGUUCACCGAAGCACAAGAAGCUCUAUAGUAGGAAGAUGAGCCACAUCUUUGUUUCCGCGCUGCGGGGCUGUCAGGAGCGCAGGAAGAGCAGUGACUCUGGCUGCUGAGGAUCGCUGGCAGGGGAUGAUGGGGAGCUCACAGCAAGUGGGAUGGUGCAAGAAACCCACAUUGCUCACAAACACAAGAGCUCCUUUGAAAGUUGUCGGGGAGAACGUGUACACCAUUGCUCUGCUCACCAUCGCUGUGGUCACAGGAGCUACAGGGAACCUCGAAGUGUCAGCAAUGGUAGGUAGCACCUCUGUGCUCACCUGCACUCCCAGGCCAAAUACAACUUUUAUAAUAUGGAAAAUGAACCCCAAAGUUGGAGGCCCCUGCACCUUGGGAUACAGGGCUGAUCACCACAAGACAGACAGAACAAACUGCAGUGACAGCAUAAACUGGAGAUCCAGACCAGAUUGGGAUCCUGACCUUGAGAUACGGCAAGUGGGAAUAGCCCAUGAGGGAAACUACACCUGCGAAGUAGUAGCAACAGAAGGGAAUUUCCAUGAGAUGUACCACCUGACCGUGCUGGUCCCCCCCAGGCUGACCGUGCGCUGUGAUGAUGACGAUGGGAGGCCGGUGUGCGAGGCAGGGGCAGGGAGGCCGGCUGCUCAGAUCUGGUGGGUCCCAGAGAGCAACUCCCCCCCCAGGGAAGAAGCCCAUGACAACGGGACAGUGACUGUUCUCAGCAAGUUCGCAGCAUAUAGCACCAACGUGACUAAUGCAACCUGCUUCAUGUCCCACCCAGUGUGGAACCAGAGCGUGGAUGUAGGCUGUCCUCCCCCAGGUAAGCUUCUCUUUGUUCGUUUAUGUUUAAAACCCUGGUUCAUGCACUAAUGAAAACAUCAGUGGCACUGGCAGGAUUGCAGCAGGAGCUCUGCAGCUGAGCUGAAAUUUCCAGUGAGAAAUUUGUUGGGAGGGGGAAGGAUAAAUAGCAGUGCUGUCAGAACUGUAAAGUCCUUUGUGAAAUUCUAGGAAAGAUGGAUGUAGCGGUCUCCCCUUCCACCGACAGGGCUGAAUGGAAAGGCAGGAUUAUUCAGAAGUUCAUGACACACAGAGAUGUAAAUGGUAUGGUCACCCAGAUCUAUGCAUUGUAACCCAGCGGUACCAUUACAUCUUGCUCAUUGUUGGGUUACACGCAGGUUGUGACAGGGAGACUGAAAACCAGCUUUCAGCUUCCAAGUACUGGCUGGUAGGUGAACACUUUAGGUGGUGAAGUGGAAGGCAUUGCUGGGAAGUUGUGUGCAACAAUAUGUACUUCACCGAAGUACUCGGUUGGAAGAGAAUCAGAGCUGAAAUUUGCUGGGAUGCACAUGCAAGGCCUGCGGCUGGGUUAUGGGAAGUGGUGACGUGGAGGACCUAGUUAGUGCCCCUACAGCAAAAGACUAGGGUCCUCCAUCGAGUGCAUGGGAGGGCGUUAUUUAUUCCCAGUUCUGCCUGGCACUGUGUUCCAGCUGCCUUAGGUCACCCUCUGAAGUACAGACAAAGAGAGCAUUGCCUACAUGAUACCAUCCUGACAGGGGCACGGGGUAAGCGAACCGUCUGAGAUGUACCUCAAAGAACAACUGUUUCUCUUUAGUCUUUGUAAAGGCCGCAUGGUUUCUUUGCUGUGUCACCAGCCUUGCUAGUCUCCUGGGCCUCCUCCUCCUGCUCGCUGUUCUUCACCUCUACGGCUUCUGUGAUAGAAGGUAUGUAUGGUGCAUGAUACACACAAUCCCCUUUGGCCAGCCCUGGGGAAGUUUGGCAGGGCUUCUGGCACUAAUUCGUGUCAUGUACAGUCACCUUAGUCUGUCACAAACACGCCAGUUCAGCACAUGUCCGUGGAGGUUUGUCUGAGGUCUGUAACACCGCAGCUGGGGCAGCGGGGAAGGGAGUCCAUAGCUGAGCGUUAGGGACCUUCUCCCUGCUGCCAUAAUGGUUCCUUUUUAUUUCCACCCAAUUGAGGGAUCUGAACAAAGAUUUACCAAGCUAUGAAGAUUAAAGAAGCAGCAAGAUAUUUUUCUGAGCUUGGAACCAGACUUUUGGUCCAUUUUGUCCUGCUUAAAGGAAGCCAGGGAAGGCAGGUCCAGUGCAGAAAUGCAGCAAGUAUUGCAGGACAGCAGAACAGGACUGCUGUUGUAACUGCUCAGGAGCUU